CACGGCCCCGUCUGCCUGUGCGUCCCCGAUGGCGCCCCCGACCCACACAGGACAAAAGCUGCCAUCGAGCACCUGCACCAGAAGAUCCUCAAGAUCACCGAGCAGAUCAAGAUCGAGCAGGAGGCUCGGGAUGACAACGUGGCCGAGUACCUGAAGCUGGCCAACAACGCGGACAAGCAGCAAGCCUCCCGCAUCAAGCAGGUCUUCGAGAAGAAGAACCAGAAGUCGGCGCAGACCAUCGCCCAGCUGCACAAGAAGCUGGAGCACUACCACAAGAAGCUGAAGGAGAUCGAGCAGAACGGCCCCUCUCGCCAGCCCAAGGAUGUCUUCCGGGACAUGCACCAAGGCCUGAAGGACGUGGGGGCCAACGUCCGCUCCAGCAUCAGCGGCUUCGGCGGCGGCGUGGUGGAAGGGGUCAAGGGGGGGCUCUCGGGUCUGUCCCAAGCCACCCACACCGCCGUGGUCUCCAAGCCCCGGGAGUUCGCCAGCCUCAUCCGGAACAAGUUCGGCAGCGCGGACAACAUCGCCCACCUGAAGGACACGCUGGACGACGGGCACCCCGAGGAGGCCUCCCGGGCUCUCAGUGGCAGUGCCACCCUGGUCUCCAGCCCCAAGUAUGGCAGCGAUGACGAGUGCUCCAGUGCCACCUCCGGCUCGGCCGGCGGCAGCAACUCCGGGGCGGCCAACACGUUGGACAGCCACCACAAUAACUUCGACACCAUCCUGGAGGAACUCCGGGAGAUCAAGGACAGCCAGUCUCACCUGGAGGACUCCAUGGAGGACCUCAAGGCUCAGCUGCAGAGGGAUUACACCUACAUGACGCAGUGCUUGCAGGAGGAGCGGUACAGGUACGAGCGCCUGGAGGAGCAGCUGAACGACCUCACCGAGCUGCACCAGAACGAGAUGACCAACCUGAAGCAGGAGCUGGCCAGCAUGGAGGAGAAGGUGGCCUACCAGUCCUACGAGAGGGCACGGGACAUCCAGAUGAGGUCCUCGCUGCAGAGCUGUCAGACGCGGGUGCCAAGGCGGGAGCUGCAGCAGCAGCAGCAGCAGGUGGUGCAGCUGGAAGGGGUGGAGAACGCCAACGCCCGGGCCCUGCUGGGCAAGUUCAUCAACGUCAUCCUCGCCCUGAUGGCCGUGCUGCUCGUCUUCGUCUCCACCAUCGCCAACUUCAUCACCCCGCUGAUGAAGACCCGCAUGCGCAUCCUCAGCACCGCCCUGCUCAUCCUCUUCCUCUUCUUCCUCUGGAAGCACUGGGACUCCAUCAGCUACUUUCUGGAGCACGUCCUGCUCCCCAGCUGA